AUGGAACGGUGUCGAAAGUUGCUCGGUUCAAAUGGCUUUGCGGCCUUCGUCUCUUUGCCGCCGGAGCAGGACGAUACACUGAAUCAAGCUGGAUUCUGCGUUAAGAAAGUUUUUGAACCUUUCUAUAUUGCAGACGUUCAGUUACAGCCACACCUGAGCAGGACGACCAUAUCCACCAGCCAGACGAUUCAGAUUAUUUACCGCAGCCUUACACCAUACGUUAAGGAGACAUGUGACCAAUUCGUGGCCACAUUCGGAGUGCAAGGAUACGACAUAGCCAUCUCAGCCAUCGACGACCAUAAUAGCUCGAUACACGAAAACAUUCUUCUUCUUACAGAUUUGGAGCUACCACUGCUUGUGGACAUGGGCAAAGAAGAGUUCCUGGGCUUACAACGCAUCACCAACUCUGCCAAGAACAUCAUCUGGCCAACAAAUGGAGACCUCACCAUCGGCAAAAGACCGGAGUACAAUCUAUCAACAGGAUUCAGCCGCAGUCUACGCACAGAGCAGGCGGCGUUGAAUAUCAUUACCGUUGACUUUGACGACGAAAGCAAGCACAACCUUGUGGGCAUUGUUUCUCAAAAAUUGCUCGACCAGGUACAUGGACAUGCUAGUGAGCAUGAGUACUGUGUCAUCGGUAACAAGACUUUCAUCAGCCGUGUUCAAUUUGACGAGCAUCUCAACAAAGUGUACUGUGUUGACGAGCACAACCUGGAAGAGAAGGCAGUCGAGGUUGCCGGCCCAGUGAUUGGCAAGAUCCAAAAUGGCAACAUCGUCUUUGAGGCAGAUCACCGCCCAGAUCCUCUUGAAGCUGACGAGGUUGAAGUUGAAGUUUGGGCCAGUGGAUUGAACAAGGAGGGUGUUUUGGCUGCCAAUGGGACAGAUCUGUCCGUUGAGUUCAGUCACGAAAUAAGCGGAGUGGUGAGUCAAGUUGGCAAGAAAGUCACCGAUUUGGCAAAAGGGGAUCUCGUCUAUGGGUUCAGCUUCAACAAGCUCGCUACCUUCCAGCGCGUUCCGCAAUAUAUUCUCCAAAAGUUGAGUGACGAGAGUGAAAUCUGCGAGAGGGCCAGUUUGCCCAUGGCGUUCGGCGCCGCCUUGUACGGAUUGGACACGCUUGCCCGUCUCUCGCGUAACGAAACUCUUCUAAUUCUCCCUGGUUCUGGGCUCGCGGGAAAUGCUGCCAUUCAUAUUGCCAAGACAAAAGGCGCAAUGCCAUAUAUUUGCGUCCUGGAAGAGCGUGAGGUUGAUGCUGUUGCGCAGCUAUACAAUCUUCCCACUAAACAGGUCAUUUGCCUCUCUGAAUUAGAAAACAUUCGGGGCUCGGACAGCAGCUUCUUCCAAUUUGAUGUCAUCUUCAGCUCUGGAUGGACGGACCCAGCGAUUGUUCGGGAAGUUUGGCGGUACAUCGCACCCUUUGGUCGGUUUGUCCAUUGCGGACGAAAGCGUCUUCACUUUCGCGCUGCCAUUGAUUCCAAUCCUGUUAAACGGGGAGCAAAUUACCUGGCAUUCGACAUGAUUGACAUUUACACCCAUCGUCGUCGCUACUUUGAAACUUUGAUCAAGGGAGUCGAGGCACUGUACCAGCUCAACGAAAUUGCGCCUCUUGGUCCACUGGUUACGAGAGAUAUCGGCCAAAUCAAUGGUGCAAUUGCCGACUUUUCUGAUCACUAUACUUCUGGAAAGACUGUGUUAGUGCAUAAGAAGCUUUCUAAACAACAAGACUCUGCACCUCUUCAAAUUCUUCCUGCUGCCCCGUCGCUCAAGUUGCGGCCAGAUGUCACCUAUCUGCUGGUUGGAUGCUUAGGCGGCCUCGGAAGAAGCCUAACAUUGUGGAUGAUAAGCAAAGGCGCAAGGACAUUCAUGUUCCUAUCACGGUCAGGCGCAGACUCCAAACAAGCGGCGGCACUUAUGCAGAAUCUGCUUGAUGCUGGAGCCAGUGUCACGGUCGUACGAGGCGAUGUGAGUGUAAAAGCUGACGUUGAACAAGCGGUUGCGUCAGUUGAUCCCGAUCGACCUAUUCGAGGCGUAAUUCACGCUGCAAUGGUUCUUCAAGAUGGUCUCUUUCACAACAUGACCUACGAGAGCUGGGUUGCAUCAACAGAUCCCAAAGUAAAAGGAGCUAGGAACCUUCAUGAUGCUUUGACAGAUCAACCGCUAGACUUCUUCGUCAUGACGAGUUCUAUAUCAGGCACUAUGGGAACCCCAGCGCAGACAAACUACGCAGCAGGCAAUACCUACAUGGACGCCCUAGCAACACAUCGUAUCAACAACGGCAUGCACGCCAUGUCCAUCAUCAUCCCCAUGGUCCUAGGAAUCGGCGUCGUCUCUGAAAAUUUGGAGCUAGAAGCCUCUCUAAAGUGGAAGGGGAUGUACGGAAUCGAUGACGAAAGUCUCAUGGCGGCAUUUGAAGUCGCCAUCAUAGAACAAGCGGAUUCCCAAAACGUACAUGGAAAUCUCAUAGCCGGUCUCGAUCCCGUCCGUCUUGAGGCUGCAAUCACAGAGGCAGGCGAGGAUAUUGACUGCUUCUGGAGAAGUAACCCACGAUUCAAAUCGGUUGUUCGGGCUAUGAAUGAGAAGAAGGGAGAUAUGGCGCAACUUGGAAACACGAUUUUGAAGCAAUUGACGUCUGGAGAGCUUGGCGGCUCUGAGGCUAGAGACACUGUUGCUGCUAGCAUGGCAAGAAAGUUGUCUCGCAUGUUGAUGAUUGACCGGGAAGAUGUUAGGGUUAAUGAAGGCUCCAUCACGUCGUAUGGUAUUGAUAGCAUGAUUGGAGCUGAGCUGCGUACCUGGAUUUUCAAGGAAUUUGCUGUUGAUAUCCCGUUCCAGCAGCUUCUUGGGGCAGCGUUUACUAUCUUUAAGUUUGCGGAUUUUGUUUGUACGAAGCAUAGGAUUUGA